GACUGUUGAGGUGAUCCAUGGCAACAGAGGAGCAGCAGCCGAGCGCGCGGCUGUCCCACACGCACACCUCCGGUCUCCACGCGCGGCCCGGGCGCCUUAACGGAAUGCUCCGACGACGAGCCGCCGCCAUCGGCCGCCGUUAGCAGCUCGAGCACCGCGUCCGACCGACCGACCGAGCCGGGUUACGGCUCGCCGCCCGACAGCGGCUCCGGCUCCGCGUGCGCGCUCGCGCCAGGUGCCUCCCGCCCCUCGGAGCUCCGGAGACGGACAUGGUGGCGGUCGGUUCCCGGGCUGAGAAUCUCACACUCGCUACCAACCGACGCCGAGCACCAUGAGAGCAGCGUUCCACCGGCUCUGCGCUGAAAUGUCCCCUAUUUUUGGUUAAAUUCCUGCCGUGUCUCGGGGAAAGUCCGACGCCGUCCCGGUCCGGCGGCCUCAUCAGCGCCGUCCAGGUCCACAUCACAGCCCGAAUCUCUCCCGCGCGCGUGAAGCAUCGUCGUGAAGAUGGCGACGGGGUCGGGCUGGCAGCCGUACUACUGCCCCAGCGGCCAGGGGAAGUUCCCGCCCGCCUCGGCGUCCUUCCAGUCCGGCUUGGCCAUGGAGUACACGCAGGACCUGCACCUGAAGAUGAGCAAGAAGAUCGCGCAGCUCACCAAGGUUAUCUAUGCACUGAACACAAAAAACGACGAACACGAGGCCGCCAUCGCCACUCUGAAGGAAGCCCACGAAGAGGAGGUGCAGCAGAUCCUGUCUGAGACCAGAGAGAAGAUACUGCAGUACAAGAGCAAGAUCAGCGACGAGAUGGACCUGAAGCGGCGGAUCCAGUCCCUGGAGGAGUCCAUGGAGCUCCACGAGAGGAUGAAGAGGCAGGCGCUGGCCGAGUUCGAGAGCUACCGCCAGAGAGUGGAGGACAUGCAGCUCUGCACCGAGGCCCAGCACACGCAGCGAGUAGUGUCCAUGUCCAGGGAGGUGGAGGAGAUGCGGCGGUCUUUUGAAGACAAGCUGCGUACGUUCAGCCAGGCCCAGACCCAGUUUGAGCAGGAGAAGAAGAGCGCCCUGGAGGAGCUGAAGGCCCAGCACAGGCAGGAAAUCCAGGAGCUGCUCCGCAGCCACCAGAGCCAGAACGCAAACUACAGUAAAGACCAGGAGAAACUGGGACAGCUCCAUAAAGCUGAGGUGGAUUCUCUGGCAGAGCGCGUAGAGGAGCUCAAACAAGACAAGAAGAGACUGGUGGAGGAGUAUGAGGCUAAACUCAGCAAGGCUCAAGCCUUCUACGAGCGCGAGCUGGAGGCCAUGAAGCGGACCCAGCAGCUGACGGCGGACAACUUGCUGGCGUGGAAGCGCACCGAGGCCGAGCUGCGGCGGGAGUUCCAGACGCAGGAAGCGGCGCUGCAGAAAACCCUGGGAAAGCUGAGGACUGAGCUGGCUCGGGUGACAGACGAGGCGCGGGAGAACCGGGACAAGUCCCACAAGCUCCAGGCUUCGCUCACGACGGCCGAGAGCUCCGUCAAGGACUUAACGAAGCAGCUGGAUGAGGUGACCCAGAACUCAGAGAUUGUGGAGAUCCGUCAGAAGGAAGCGGAGUGUGAACUAGAGGCUGCCAGAGAUCGAGUUCAGCAACAGGCAACAGAAAUCCUGCUCAAAGCCAGUCAGAUCAGCAGCCUGCAGGCCACUCAGAUGACCCAGGAAGCGGCCAUCAGGGACCUGGACAAUGAGCGCAGCCGGCUGAAGGACAAGGUCCUGAGGAUGGAAGAAGAGAGGGAGGCCCUGCAAAGCCAGAACCAGGCCCUGGAGGAAAGACAGAAACAGCAGAUCCUGUCCUUGGAGAAAACCCUGCAUGAGGAGAAAACAUCCCACGAGAAGGACAUGAGCAAUAUGAGGACUCAGUACGAAGAGGACGUCAGACAGAUGAAGGAGGGACAAGCUCGAGCGCUGGAGGACGUCGGCAAGAAGCACAGAGUGACCCUGGAAAACGCACUUAGCAGCACAGAGAAGGACAAGAACCGCCUGCUGGCUGAGCUGGAGCAGCACUUCGAGAAGGAGCGCCACUCGCUGGAGGAGCAGAAGACGAUGCUCAGGCAGCAGCUGGACGAGCUGAGGGAGGAGCUGACCUCCAAGCUCACCGCCGCCACAGAGGAGGUGUCUCGGCUCCAGGAGGAGGUGCGACAGGGCGAGCAGAAAAUCGGGAGCGCUGAGGGACAGAUCUCCACCCUGAAGGAGGCACAGGAGAAGCUGCUGGAGGAGCUGGACGCCACCCGGGCCCGGCUGAGAGAGACCAGCAACCUGCUGACGGCGCUGCAGGGGGAGUUGGAGACACAAAAGCGUCAGCAUGAAGCCAAACUCAUCACCACCAAAGAAGAAGAGAAACUCAAAAUGGACAAGAUGGCUCUGGAGCUGGAGCUUAGAUGGACUGAAACGCUCAGGCAGGAGUGUAAGAAGCUACGCGAGGAGCUGAGAGAGGAGCACGAGGAGGACAAAGCCUCAGCGCUGACCCAGCUGGCACACAGCAAGGAGCAGGAACUGAACAACGCCAAGGAGAGCUGGCAGAGGAAAGUGGAGGACCUGCUGGAACAGAUCUCCCUAUUGAAGCAGAGUCUGGAGAUGCAGCUGUCCCAGUCGCAGUCGUCCCUGCAGCAGCUGCAGCACCAGUUCAGUCAGGAGCGCGAGCACCUGAGGAUGCAGCUGGACGAGCUGCAGACAGAGCACCAGAGGAGGCAGCAGCGCCUGCAGGAGGUCCACUGCUGCUCCAUGCAGGACCUGGAGCACGCCAGGCAACGAGACCUGAAGGAUUUGGAGGAGCGUCUCCGCCAUCAUCACCAUGCAGAGCUGCAGUCUCUCAGAGAGGCUCAUCGCCAGAGCAUCGAGACUCUCAAGCAGCAGUCGGAGCAGGAGCUGCAAACACUCCGCUUUGAACUGGAGGACGAGGGCAAAGCCAUGCUCGCCUCUUUGCGAUCAGAGCUGAACCACAUUCACGCAUCGGCUAUUGAACACCUGAGACAGACCCACCAACAGGAGUCGACUGCUGCCAAAGCAGAGCUGGAGAAGACCCUGGAGAACAACCGGGCGCAGGAGCGUGAGCUGUUGGGACGCAUCACGGAGCUGCAGGAGGAGGUUUCCAGGAGGAAGAACCACAUCGCUCAGCUGGACCGGCAGAUCCACACGCUCAACGAGAACAUCAGCACGCUGACAAAGGAGCUGGAGCUCAAGGGCAAGGAGGUGCUCAAGAUCCGCAGCGAAGCCAAUCAGCAGAUCAGAGCUCACGAACAGGAGUUAACAAAGAGGCACGAGAGAGAGCUCACCGAGCUGAGCUCCGUCCACAGCAGAGACACUCAGAACAUGCUGUCAGACUUCAACAAGGCCCAGGAAGUGCUGAAAGACAAGAUCUCCGCCCUGCAGAUACUGCUGGAAGGAACAGAGGAGAAGUUCAGGAACAGGGAGAGUCGUCCAGAGGACCUGCAGAUCAUCGCUGAGCUGAAGGACAUGGUGUCUGAGAGAGAGGCGCUGGUCAAGAAGCUGGUGGACGACAAGAAGUUCUACCAGCUGGAGCUCGUCAACAGGGAGACGAACUUCAACAAGGUGUUCAACGCCAGUCCCAACGUAGGAGUCAUCAACCCGCUCAUCAAGCAAAAGAAAAAGACUGAGAAAACAGCAGCGAGCCGGUUCAGCAGCUCUCCUAGUGUCAGGGCUCUGGAGGCAGCGGGGAUGGGCGUGGGUGUGGGCGUGGGCGUGGGCGUGGGCGUGGGGGGCUCGGCGAGCGGGCAGCCGCCGCAGCCCCCGCCUCCACCCCCGCCCCAGCCCGGCCGUCUAGAGCCCCUCCCCAACUCCCCCCUCCACCACCUUGAGCUCAACUCCAACAAACCUCUUCCCCCGCCGACCCCUCCCACCGAACCCAAGAAAUUCAUGAGCCCUCCUGAAACUAAGGACUCCAGCAUCGACCCGGCCGACGCCCAGCGCCAGGAGUGGUUCGCUCAGUACUUUUCCUUUUGAUUGACCACAAACCUGCGAACACGAGGAUUCAGCAUGUCAACCAAACUUUGAAAAAAAGAAACAAACAAAAACACACAGAAAAAGAAGAAAAAAAGAAAAGUAUUUGUUUUUUUAUCGUCAUGAGUCUUGGCUGGUUUGGGGUCAGUUCACUUUUGAUUCAGCCAAUGAUGCGUGGGUUGAGAAUCAAAUCUUUGGUAAAAUCCUGCCGUUGACUGAGGUGAGACUGAACUGAACCCGAUCCUGACCAUUAAAGCGUCAUCAUCACUGAUCUGAUUUGAUUGUUUGAUUAUCUCUGGUUGUUUCACUGUGGACGAGUUUCUCUCUUAGUACAGUGACAAUGAUCAUCAGUAUGUUCGAUGUUUCUUUUGUUUCUUUACCUCCUAACUUAUUUUGCAGUUUCUUGGAACUAGAAAAUAAAUGAGUGGUGCAUUAUCAUGCUGCUAAACGCCAUUGUUGGACUACAGUAAGAAAUAUAUGUAUAAAGAAAUAUACGGUAGGUUAUUGUCCUCUCUGUACGUGGGCCCACUGCAUACAGCAUCUUAGACUAGCAGGGCUGAUCUAAGACCAGUCUGCCUUUUCAUUUAUGGUGACAUUUACUUGGACCUGAUCCUAGAUCAGUUACACUUCUCUGAUAUGCUCCAUGAAUACAGGCUCUGAUUUUAGGAUGACACCAUCAUGGCAAGUUUGUUACCGCUGCGUAGAAGUUUCAGCAGAUUUUGGUAGAAUAUUAAAACCUGUUUGUAUGGUUGUCUGUCUCAACACAGAUAUAAUGAUGUCUCACCAAUUUUAAAAACAAAAUAGCAUAUUUUAUAUUUAUAUUAUAAUGUGUAUGCUUAAUAAAUAAUUAUUGUGACAUUUACUUGUGUUUGCUUGUCCUUUUAUUGAAAUAAAUCUGACUUUAUGUUUUAA